AUGAAAAGUACAAAAGUGAACCUAAAUCCUCCUCCUAAAACUCCCAUUGGUUAUACAUGGCUGCGAUAUCUUGAAUUGUUUGUUUCGUACUUUCUGUCUUGUAUCUUUGUACUUGUGCUCACCGUGGGCGGAGUGGUGUAUCACUACUACCAAACGUUGAAGGGAAAUGAAAAACUGGACCCUCUGUCUAUCGUAGAUGAUCAAGGUCCAUAUCAUGAUUUCAAGAAAAUGAAGGCAAAAAAUGACCUUAGGUACUAUGCUUUGCAAUUGGGUCUUGACUUACACGAAUACCGAGUUCAGACAAAAGAUGGCUAUAUUUUGAUACUUCAUAAUUUGUUCGACCCUAAAGAAUCUAGUGAGGAUAAAGAUAAACGUGAACCGUUUUUGUUGCAACAUGGACUACUUUCGUGUUCGGGAGCUUUUCUCAGCGGUGGAUACCAAUCGUUGGCGUUUUAUCUCCACAAAGCAGGCCACGACGUUUGGCUAGGAAAUAAUCGGUGCUGGUUCGAACCUCUCCAUGCAACCAUCGAGGGAAACUUGAUGUACAAUGAGGAGUUUUGGGACUGGGAUGUGCGUGAGUUGGCUUAUUACGACAUGCCCUGCUUGAUAGAUAAUGUGUUGAGCCACAAACCUCACCAUGAAGCUCUUUUUCUAAUAGGACACCUGCAAGGAUGUACACAGAACUUUUUGAUGUUGCGAAAUUCAGAACUAGAUGAAUGGCAUCGUAAAGUACGAUACUUUUUUCCAUUGGCGCCAGCAAUUUACCCCGGACCGUUGUUUCAUAACCGUGCUUUUUUGCGGUUCAUGCGCCAUAGAAGCCAAUCUUCAUUCAGAUGGAUCUUUGGUCGUUAUUCGUUUCUUCGUCUUAUCACGUUCGCUAGAAACAAUCUCUACUCCACUCGAUUCUUCAGCUACAUGUCAUAUGUCAUGUUCUCGUUUUUGUUUCUUUGGAAUGGAAGAAAAUGGAAUCCAAGCCGAAAACUUUGGCAUAUUCACUUCAUCUUUAACGUGACAUUUGUCUCUACCAAACUCAUGUCGUGGUGGCUAGCAGAGUGGGUACCGCAAUCGUUUGCUAAUGAGUUGCAGCCCGCAAAGGCUUACAAGACAGAUGCUCACUUUUCACCUCAACUUACCGACGCAAAGUUACAAAAAGACGACUCUAAAACUUACUUUCCCUACAAAGAAUCAUGGUUUGAUGAUGUCCUGUUUAUUGUACCGAUGGUGGCUUUUAUCGGCGGCGAGGACUUUUUAGUUGAUGGAAAACGGUUGGCCAGCCACAUGAAAGACUUUGAGCCAUCAUAUACCAAUGAAAACCUAAAGGUGGUUGAGCUCAUUGAUUAUUCACAUUUAGAUGUUGUUUGGGCGGCGGAUUUGCAGCCAAGAAUAGGAAAGGUUAUCGUGGAGACGGUUCGUGGUCUCAGCCCAGAGGAACAAGAAAGCACUGAAGAGAAGCUUACAAAAGUAGCUUAA